AUGUCCACCGCCGAAAAACUUAUCGAAAUGCUCAUCAAGCAGCAAGAAGCAGCCGAGAAACGACAUGCUGUAGAAAUGGCACUACUCCGGGAAGCACUCGCAACCCGAAACGAGCAAGUCGCCCCAGCAGCUGCCAUCAAUGCAGCCGAUCAGAAGGAAAAGAACCUCGCUGAGUUAAUGGUUCCCUUCGCCUACGACCCAGAAAAUCUACUGACCUUCGAAGCGUGGUACAAGCGCUACGAAACGAUCUUCUCCACCGACGUCGCCGACUGGACGCCAGCAGCAAAAAUCCGAUUGCUUCUUACUAAAUUCAGCCAGUCGGACUAUCAGAAAUUCGCAGACUCGAUUCUGCCCAGAACCCCAGCAGAACUCACGCUGGAGGAAGCCACGAAAGCACUCAAAACGCUGUUCGGCUACCGUGAGACGAAGUUCGCUAUGCGCCACAAGUGCUUUAACCUCAAGAAGGACGACUCCGAGAGCUUCAUCAAUUACAGCACGCGCAUCAACAAGCAAGGCGAAAAAUUCGACGUCACGAACUGUUCAGCCGACGACUUCAAGGUGCUCCUGUUCAUCAGUGGACUCAGAAGUCCCACCGACUCACAGAUCCUCGAAAAGCUCCUCGCGAAGGUUGACGCACAACACAAGCAGCUUGAGGCCGCUGCCGACGAUGCAGCACGCAACGCGAUCCAGAAACUCACCCUCCAGGACCUGGUCAACGAAGCCGAACGUCUAUUGAGCCUCAAACAAGACAAGUCCACUGUCGGCGAACCGUCAACAUUAGCUCAGAUCCAUUCGGUUCAAAAGAGCAGCGGCGGGAAGCAACAGCAACACCAGAAGAAACCUCUUCUUCCGAAAUGCCAUUUCUGCGGAGAGAAUCACUGGCACAACGACUGUCCUCAUCGCCUUAAACAGUGCGAUACUUGCAAGGUCAAGGGUCACAAGGCCGGUUUCUGUACCUCCGCCUCAGAAUUCUGGCAGCAACAAGCCAAGCGACACGCAGCUAGGGCAACUGAGAGCGCUCAUCAAGUGAAGCAAGUCACCAACGGGGCCAAGAGCAAGCGUAAGUUUGUCACUCCGAAAGUCAACGGAACGGGAGUGAGACUCCAGGUUGAUUCUGCGUCCGACAUCACCGUCAUUCCCACGAACGCAUGGAUCAGAAUGGGAAGACCAGCGCUCACCCCAUGCAAAAGCUCUCCGAAAAGCGCUUCAGGAGACUCAAUUCCACUGAAGGGAUCCUUCAAAUGCCGGAUGACGCUUAAUAACGUCGAAGGAACAGGGACCUGUCACGUUUCAGACGAUCUGACGCUGCUUGGAAUCGAUUGGAUCGACAUCCUGGGACUCUGGGACGUUCCCCUCCGAGCGGUGUGCAACCAAAUCACCAGAGGACACGCUGAGAACGGACUAGCAACCGAAGCGCAAUCAAAAUUUCCAGCCCUUUUCUCCGAAGGACUUGGCCUCUGCACCAAAAUAAAAGUCCCCCUUACACUGAAGGAGAAUGCAACACCCGUCUUCCGAAAGGCCCGUGCCGUUCCGUUCGCAGCUCAGAAGUUGGUCGAGGAGGAAAUCAUCCGCCAGCAGCAAUUAGGCAUUCUCACCCCCGUCAGUUACUCGGAUUUUGCAGCGCCAGUCGUCGUCGUAAAAAAAAAGAACGGCGGCAUCCGCAUUUGUGGCGACUACUCGACGGGCCUGAACGAUGCCCUGGAGCCGAACAAGUUCCCACUGCCUACGAAUGACCAAAUCUUCGCUCAGAUGUCUGGCAAGAAGGUUUUCAGCAAAGCCGAUUUCUCCGAAGCAUUCCUACAGCUCGAGCUGGAUGACGACGCCAAGAAACUCCUCACCAUCAACACACACGUUGGACUCUUCCAGGUGAACAGAAUGCAGCCGGGAGUGAAGACAGCACCAGGAGCCUUUCAAGAGCUUAUGGCGAAGAUGCUCAGCGGUCUGGAUGGAGUUUUCGCGUUCAUUGAUGACGUAAUCAUCGCAGCAGCCGACGAAGAAAAGCACAAGGAACUACUGUUCAAAGUCCUGCAACGCAUCGAAGACCACGGCUUCAAAUUACGCAUCGAUAAAUGCGAGUUUGGAAAGAAGGAACUCACAUUCUGUGGUCACGUUGUAAGCAGCGAAGGAAUCCGUCCGAAUCCCCAAAAAAUCGCCGGAAUCAAAGAGAUUCCACGUCCCGAGGACCUUACACAGCUCCGCUCAUUCCUGGGCGCCGUUAACUACUACGGAAAAUUCGUCGGGAGGAUGAGAGACCUGCGAGCUCCACUUGACGAACUCAUGAAAAAGGACGUCAAGUUCAAUUGGACUCCCCAACGUGAGGAAGCUUUCACCAAGCUCAAGGAGGUCAUGGCGUCCGAUUUGGUCCUCACGCACUACGAUCCAAACAAGAAAAUCGUCGUGGCGUCGGACUCUUCAAGCUACGGAAAGGGCGGUGCAGUCCUGCAUGAGUUCAGCGACGGCUCACUCCACCCGAUCAUCCACUUCUCGUGCUCACUCAGUUCGGCCGAGAAAAACUACUCGCAGAUCGAAAGAGAAGCCUGUGCCGCAGAUUUCGUCUUGAAACGAGCUCGUCCGUACAUCUACGGUCGCAAAUUCGAGCUCCACAUUGAUCACAAGCCGCUGCUUGCAAUUUUCGGAUCGAAGAAGGGCAUUCCG